UUUUGAUCGGAGAAAACAUCUAUAGAUAACUCAGAACAUUUUUUUUUUGGAUAUUUGUCUGUCUGUCUGUACGCUCAACACGGGAAAACUACUGAACGGAUUUAAAUAAAAGGUACAGUGGUAGCUGAUCCCUGUCCCUAUUAGUUACAGUUUGAUUCCGGUGAAAAAAAAAAUUGGUACGCGCCUAAAUUUCUCAGUGCAAUUCAAUACUGCUUUCAUUGUAUUCAGAACAUUUCGAGAAAUGUUUAUAAGUAAGAAGAUUUAUAAGAAGGUCUAUUGAAUAGGUAGGCUCCCCGUGGGAAGCCGGGGCAGGUCAACUAGUUCAACUAAUAAAUAACACUUUAUGUGUUCGUUUUUUAUACGUUCGCGCAUCGUUUUGAUUGAGUGAAACUUGUAAGUACUACUCAACAACUUUAAAGUUUCACUACUUGAAAAUUUAAACAGUUGUUAAAUAGGUACCUAAAUGUGACGUAGAAGCAUCAACAUACAGUAGGUGGCGCGCGAGUCGUUUUAACAAAUAACAAAGAUUUGAAACGCAACGCAUGCCGGGCAUUAUCUAUUUUAGUGUAUUAUAUUUAUGUUUUCUCUAGGAAAUAAAAAAAUAUAUGAAACGGAAUGAACAGUUGCUAUCCAAAGAUUUUUGGCAAUCGAGUAUUAAACAUUGGAGGUAGAAUGUGGCACUUGAUGUAUAAGGCCAAAGAGGAUUAGGCGACGCGAUCUAGAUACGUGCUAGGUCAAACUCAUAUAGGUAAAAUUUAUUAGUCGUAGUUAAGUUUACCUACAUUACACACCUUAUUAAAUUAGUACAUUCUUAGGUACCUAUAUAUGUAUACUUUGUAUUUUAAAAACCAAUUCGUAGUUACUUAUUGAAUUGUGAUGUAUCUAACGGAUCAAUUACCUAGGUAGGUAUGAAAAUUACUUAUCAAAUGGAAAGUUUUGUGAGUUCAUUUAUUGAGUAUAAAUUAGCAUUACCUAUAUGUUGACUAUUUACAUGUAGAAUUAAUUAAUUUAAGGGCCGACACAGGUGGACAGACAAAUCGAACUAUUCUUUCUAUUUCUGUCUAGUCCGUGUAAUGCCCACAGACUGUUAUAAUUAAAAAAUCUCAUUAAAAAAAAUGGCACCUUCUUGUGUUACGUAGUUACGAAUGAUCUUAUCCUAAUUUGCACUAUAAUCUUAACCUGCAUUACCUGUUAAUAUUAUUUAAUUUUUUUUUUUUUCUCUGUACACUAAAAAAAAUUAAAUAUAAUUUUUAGCAAGAAAUUAACGUUUAAACGAAAGUAAUAAAACUCUUAUGACAAUACUAUUUACUAAUGUUAAUGACACAGUUUAAUAUUUGUAUACCUAAUAUAAUAUUAUUAUACUUCACUUGUACCAAAAAAAAUUAAGUACAAUUUGUAUAAAAUUGUUGUCCGUAAUUUUUUGGAGUUGUUUCUUGUUAGUUAUUUCCACCAAAUUCAAUAUUUAGGUAGGUACCUACUUAAAACAGUUGAAGCUUUCAAUAUCAACCAACAAGAUCAAAAUAAAGUAGGCACCUAGUAUUAUAGGUAUAAUGCGUAACAAAUGUACUGACUAUAUAUAUUACACUUAGAAAAUACUAACUUAAAAAGUUUAGUUGAAAAGAAGACAAAUUUAAUUAAACAUUAACAAAUGGGCGGCAAAAAUGGACGAAGUUUAAUAGGUUUAGAGAGACAGCUUGAAUAAGAUUAGUUAGGUAUGCAAAAAAAUGUAAGUAGUUUAAAAAAAACGGAAGCUGUUGCGAAAAAGCGGUAUAAAAAAUAGUAAACUUUCAGCUAAAUGAUAUGUUUCAGGUUUUCAGUCUUUAGAAAGUGUUGCAUUUUAACACUGAAAGAUAAAAAAAUAAUACUUGUUUUUAUCGAUGUUUUUAAUCCAAAACGUGUAGUAACCUUUUGAAUUCUUUUUUAAAGUAAAGGCAUAUCUAGUUCUUUUAGUCUUUGUAAAGAUAUUAAGGAAGUAGAAUACGCUUUGGUUUAAAAGCGACGAUAUUAUGCAAAUCUGUUUACAUUUCUGACAUAGUCUCGAUCGCGAAAAUGCUAAACAAUUAUCUAACAAAUAAAGGUCGAGAGGAAAAUCCCGGAAUAGGUCGAGCGGCACUUCUAUAAUCGGUGUUAGAUUUUAAGAAGCCCUGAGCAGGAUCACUUUAGCAGACGAUGAAGAUCCAACAUUUUUAUGCAGGAUUAAUUUGACGCGAUGUGACUACGAAGAUCUUAAAAAGCAACAAGGACUUCUUAUAGACUUCGAUAGCUUUCCUUCACAAGUUGUGAGGCUGUUGCAGCAAUGUGCUUCGAAUAAUAUGUUUCUAAUUGUACACCAAAUAAGUCCAAUCCAGUACAAUUUUGAAGUAGUGGAACACAAUGAGUUUAGACGUAUCAUCCAUUUAUCUUUAAAGACUGGACCUGCUUGCGAUAGUGAUGUGAAACAGCACAUGGCGGAAACUAUUGGAGAAUUAAAGAAGGUGUUGGCAGCUCUUAAAAGUCAGGCAUCAAGCAAUGAAAUGUUGUGGCAUGAUAAGCGCUUGAAGAUGGAAGCAAAGAUUCAUGACUUGACACUCACUGUGUCUAAAAUGGAAGAAGAUAAACUGAGGCAUGAGAAGGAGUACCAAGAUGCUCUAAAAAUGGAAAGGGAUCGAUUAGCACAAGAAAAACUACAAUUACAAAGAAGUGCAGAGAUAAACUCCAACAACCUGCUUGCAAUGUCUCAAGAAAAUUUGAGCAAAAAAGACAAAGAGAUAGAAGAAUUGAUGCAUAACAACAAGCAGUUACGAGAUAACAUCACACAGUUGGAAUACCAGAUUAGUGACAAAGCACAGAGAACAAAUUUAUUAGAAAAAGAAGUACAAAAGACUCAUAUCGAAGUGGCUACUUUGAAAGCUAAAAAUGCAACAUUAGAAAGAGAUAUUUCAGAGAAGGAAAUGCAGAUUAAUCAGCUUAAUUCAAAAUGUGCAUAUUUAGAAAAGGCAAUGAAAGACAGUUCAGACAAUAUAAAAGAGCUAAAUGAUAAUAUACAGACUCUCAAGAUGGAAAAGACAAGCCUCGAAAGGCGUUUGACUCUAAGUGAAUCCUUGGCCAAUAAGAACAGUGAAGCUGCCCACUCCACAACCGAACAACUGCUGAAAGCUAACCAAAUUAUAUCUAAGCAAAGCAAUGAGCUCAUUGAAAUGAAGGAAAAGUUGCUAUGCAGAACCGCUAUUGCUUUAGAGCAGGAGAAAGUUAUAGACCGCAACACGAAAGAAAUAGAAGAUCUAAAAUCAGAAAUAAAUAUAACGAAAGAUUGUAUGGAGAAACUUAGGAGCGAGCUUGAGGUGUUAAAGGAAAAGUAUGAAAGCAACGAACAGGCGCUCAGAGAUCGUGAUGAAACUAUUAAGAACAACAAUAUGGUAAUACAGUGGCUUCAUAAGAAAAUGGAUGAAAAUGCAGCUGCCAGUGAUUAUAAUGUCCAAAACAAAUGCAGAACGGCUCUUCAGUCGGCAACCAGCUCCACACCUUACCUCGUGGGGAAAAAUGUCCAAAACGACUCGUCCCAAGAUACCGACGAAACUAUCAACUUCUACGCUACUUCUAAACUAUCAAGUAUAGAGGAAAGCCCGCAACUUUCGAUCCCAAGUAAAAAUGGUUUGGAUCCAAAGUACCUCCAACCAGCGUCUGACGACAACCAAGCACGCAGAAAAGAAAUGUUAAGGUCUUCGUCAACAAAUACCCAAAGCAAGGGAAAAGAGAACAAGGUGGCCGAUUUGCCGAAAGUCGACUAUAGAGAGAAGAAGUCCUCCAGACCAUCGACGUAUCGAGCUACACCAGUAUCUGCUUACUUUCCGUGAAUAAAUUUAUGAGACAAAUGAUUAGGGGAUGGCAAUGAAUUGAUGAUUUUUUUAAAAAAACAUUAAUUUAUAAUCCUUAUAAUUGUUUGUUUGUUGUAAUUUUUUAUUGUAUAUAGACUAACCUAGAUAUAUGAAAAAACUGUAAAUAAAUUUUUUGAAUUUU